GUCUUUCAAGAUAAUCAAGGAUGCUGGAUUUACAGGUGCUGUUGUGCACAAAAUGCUGAAGCACAGUGGACAUAACUUCAAUAUACAAGAAGAGGGUGUCAAAAACCGUAUUGACCCAGAAUUACUGGCGUUAAUUCAGAUGUGGCUUGAGCAAGGAUUAUCAGUCUCUGAAACACUUCUAAGGAGUGUUGAUUGGGCAGGAAGGCAUGGACAUAAAGACAAACUAAAUCGCAGAUACUAUGUUACACCAGAGGAUAUAAGAAUAAUUCAAAAGAGCCUCAAUGCCCUAAUUUUUCCAGAUGUAAAAGAUUGUAUCAGUGUUGAUAUACUUGCCACCUCAGAGUUAAAGGAGAAUAUUUGCUUCUAUCAACCACUAAGUGAUGGACAGCCCUUGAUAAUUGUAGUACAGACACCUUGGCAAAAACAACUUCUCAAGGAACAUCCACAUCCAAUGGUGUUCAUGGAUGCCACCUACAGGGGGAUCACCUCUUAUGGCUAUGCAUUUUAUGCACUUCUUCUAAGUAAUAGUAUUGGAAGAGGAGUUCCAUUUGCAUACUUUAUCGUAAGUCAGGAAUCAACAGCCACACUCACUCUGUGCUUGGAAAAGCUUUCUAGCUGUAAUCCUGGAUUUCUUCCCCGGUCAGUCAUGAUUGAUAGGGACCUGAAAGAGCACAAUGCCAUUAGACAGAUAUUUCCAUCGGCAAAGAUAUUCCUUUGUUGGUUUCAUGUCCUGCAGGCCGUGCAUAGGUGGUUGGUCAAACGAGAUGGAGGAAACCUGCCAGCGAGCCAGAGAAACAUGGUGAUUCAUGCAAUGGUUGCAAUGAAGGGGUGUUUAACAGAAGAGGACUUCAUUCACACUUCUGCCACCAAGUGCAAGGAGCUAGAUUCCUACCUUGGUAGUACAAACGUAUCUACAUACUUGAAGAAUCAGUGGAUUCCUUUGAGGGAGCUGUGGUCCAAUUUUGGCAGAUCAUUCAAUCACGAAAAUUGUGAAACCAAUAACAAGGCAGAAAGAUUCUUUCUCACAAUUAAAUAUCAGUUCCUGAAAGGAAACGCAAACAGGCGUAUUGAUCAGCUCCUUGGCCUGCUGUGUGGAGAUGUUCACAAAUAUUACUGUUACAUGGAUGAGCUGGCGGCAAACGGACGAAUCAAAGGAGCCAAUGCUGAUGACUUCUCUAAUGUUGUCAAGUCUAUGUUUGAGAAGGGUCUGGAUUCAAAAUGUGAAAUUAAUAAAGAGGGCACAUGUUUUGUUCCACCACAUACAAGUACUCAGUCCCACACAGUUGAUUUGGUCAUGGUGAGAUGUGACUGCAAAAGAUCCAAAUGCGGUUCUUUGUGUAAACACAUAGUUUUCUCAAGAUUAGUUGCACAGCAACAAGGAUUAAAUAUUCAAGACAUAAGGUCUGAUCUUGCUAAAAAAAUCGUUAAUUGUCACUCAUAUUUCUCAGAUGAUGAAACCCUAACUGUUUUUCACAGUGACGGCAGUGUAGGGACUAUAAGUCACAAAAGUCCAACAUUUUGUACAUGUAUAGCAAAUAGCCAUUAUGAAACAUGUGUUUGUAUUUUGGUUCACAACAUCCUCUACGUUUCACCGACGCCCUGUGAGUUGAUUGCGAAUCAUUCAGAUUGCCAGAAAACACCAAAUCAAAUGCCAAAAGCCAAACUCCAGGCCAUGUUAACAGACCUUGUUGAAUGGAGCCAAUCAGACAUGUACACUGAAAACAAGGAGCUGUACAAGAUGUUAGAGAGGGCACACAAACUAGUUUUUUCAAACUUCAGCAUUCAGUCAAGAAAAAGAAAAAUAACUGUCCUGCAUGCCUAUCGACAACAGAUUAAAAAGGCCAGACAUGUACUCACCAAGAAUUACAUUUGUAAAAGAAAAAACAAAAGAAAAAGGCUAAAUAAAAAUUAAAGAGUUGUCCUUUGUAUGUACAAUUUAUGAUCUGCAGAUGCAAAAAAAUCUGAUAAAACAAUCUGGGAAAAAAUAACUGCUGGUUGCUAAUUUCACAUUUAAUGUUUCUCAAAGGCAUUAUAAGCAGGCUAGUAUGUGUAUGUUUGUGUGUGUUAAGUAUUUGUUGUACAUAUUUCUAGCAUUUUAAAUUGUAAAAUAAAACACACAGAUAAUGUUUUGUAUUUUUAUUAUACUUCUGGAUUGUGUACAUUAACAUUUAAGCAUUUGAACAAUUCAACAAUAAAGUGCAAAAAAGCCUUA